UCAGUGAUCUUUGUUGCCAGGAGCGGUUUUUCAGUGUGGCUUUCUGUUUCCCGGUGUGUGAUCAGUGUCCGGGGGAUUCUCUGGAAUCAGCGUUUCUGCGGGAGCAGCAGUGAUGAGUGGCGGCGUGUAUGGAGGAGAUGAGGUUGGUGCCCUUGUGUUUGACAUUGGAUCAUACACUGUUAGAGCAGGCUAUGCUGGUGAAGAUUGUCCAAAGGCAGACUUUCCAACAGCUAUUGGGAUGCUGUUGGAGAGAGAUGAUGGGAGCACUCCAAUGGAAAUUGAAGGAGACAAAGGAAAGCCAAGUGGCACAACUUAUUUUAUUGACACAAACUCUCUGCGAGUUCCCAGACAAAAUAUGGAAGUUAUCUCUCCUUUGAAAAAUGGAAUGAUUGAAGACUGGGAUAGUUUUCAGGCGAUUCUGGACCACACGUAUAAGAAUCAUAUAAAAUCUGAAGCUGGUCUCCAUCCUGUUUUGAUGUCUGAGGCACCAUGGAAUACACGGGCAAAGAGGGAACGACUUACUGAGCUGAUGUUUGAACAUUAUAAUAUCCCAGCUUUUUUCCUGUGUAAAACAGCAGUGCUCACAGCAUUUGCAAAUGGCCGUUCUACGGGUUUAGUUUUAGACAGUGGAGCCACACAUACCACAGCUAUUCCUGUACACGAUGGAUAUGUACUUCAGCAAAGCAUUGUUAAGUCACCACUCGCAGGAGACUUCAUUUCCAUGCAGUGCAGAGAACUGUUUCAGGAACUGAAUGUGGAAAUAAUCCCACCAUAUAUGAUUGCUUCAAAGGAGUCAGUGCGUGAAGGUGCUCCUCCUAAUUGGAAGAAGAAAGAGAAGCUACCUCAGGUUACACGGUCAUGGCACAACUACAUGUGUAACGAAGUGAUUCAGGAUUUCCAAGCUUCGGUGCUACAGGUGUCUGAUUCAUCGUACGAUGAACAAGUGGCUGCACAAAUGCCCAGUGUUCAUUAUGAAUUUCCAAAUGGUUACAACUGUGAUUUUGGAGCUGAAAGACUGAGAAUUCCAGAAGGCUUGUUUGAUCCUUCCAAUGUCAAGGGUUUAUCUGGAAACACAAUGCUGGGUGUCAGCCAUGUGGUGACAACAAGUGUGGGAAUGUGUGACAUUGAUAUUAGACCAGGAUUGUAUGGGAGUGUGAUUGCAGCAGGUGGAAAUACAUUGAUACAAAGUUUUACCGACAGGUUGAAUAGAGAGCUUUCCCAGAAAACUCCACCUAGCAUGCGUUUGAAGUUAAUGGCCAAUAACACCACAGUGGAACGCAGGUUUAGCUCAUGGAUCGGUGGCUCAAUUCUAGCUUCUUUGGGUACUUUCCAACAGAUGUGGAUCUCUAAGCAAGAAUAUGAAGAAGGAGGGAAGCAAUGUGUUGAGAGAAAGUGUCCUUAAAUUUUUUAGCAAUUAUAAUUUCAUACAUUACCUAUGCCUUGUUUGUUUUCUCAAGU